CCGCCAAGGAAUUGUUACCGUCUGGUUAUGCUCGGUAGCGCGAGGGUCGGCAAAACUGCCAUUGUAGCACGAUCCUGAAAACUUUGAACAUACUGCGAAAUAAUUGGCGGCAUGGACGAAGAAAAUACUCGUCGACAGAACGUUCUGCACGAUCGAUCAUGGAAACAAAGUCGAGUUUGGGCUUGCACGGUUCGAUCGUUGCUAAUGGGACAAACGAUUUCGUUCUAUUCGAAAUCCGAUCGGUGUUGCUGGUAUUGGCGCUAAACGGACACCCGACUGAAUGUCGCGUUUUCAACGUUCAACUACCUAAACAUUAAACACGCGUUCUAAACGGAAAAAUCUGCGUACCUGUUAAAAUCUCCUUAAUCUUUUACCUACCUUUUACUAACCUGUUACCUAUUUCCGUAUAGAGUUAUCUCGAGAUCGCGGAGGCACAGGAACGCGUAUCAAAGGGAGAACUCUUUAUGUUCAGGUUUCUGUCCAACAAAUUCGAGGAAAGUUACACGCCUACGAUCGAAGACUUCCAUCGAAAGCUGUACAGAAUCAGAGGAGAGGUCCAUCAGCUUGAUCUGCUGGACACGAGCGGCAACCAUCCGUUUCCCGCCAUGCGACGAUUAUCCUUCCUAACAGGAGAUCUGUUCGUGGUGGUGUUCAGUUUGGAUUGUCGGGAAUCCUUCGAAGAGGCCAUCAGACUGCGAGAAUCGAUCCUGGAAACUAAAGUUAGCGCAACUCAGAGCGCCACGAAGAGCAGAAGCAAGAGUCACUUCAAUUUGAAGGUUCCUAUGGUCAUCGUCGGGAAUAAAUGUGAUAAGGAUGUUAAAACAGUUACGGUAGAAGAAGCAGAAGAAUAUUGCAACAGUCAGGACGAUUGUUGCGUUUUCGUGGAGGCUUCCGCAAAGAGGAACUACCACGUGGAGGAGCUCUUUUAUCAACUUUUCGUGGUGGCGGGCUUACCUCUCGAAAUGGCACCUAAUCAUCACAGAAAGGUUCCACUCACUUUCGGUUCUCCUACGAUGUUACCACCGUCACAAGGUAGCGUUGUUGCCAUGGCAACGUUCUUCCCUUUGGAUACGGUGCGAAGUCGAUUACAACUGGAAGAAGAUCAUCGAUCAAAAAGUACACUCGCAACGAUCCGUGAGCUUGUAGAAAAGGAAGGAAUAUGCACAUUGUACAGAGGAAUGGUGCCUGUUCUUCAGAGUCUUUGCGCUAGCAAUUUUGUUUACUUUUAUACAUUCCAUGGUUUGAAGAUGCUCAAAGCUAGGAGAAAUCAAACGGCUAGUAAUGAUUUACUGUUCGCCUCGAUAGCAGGUGUAAUUAACGUUCUUUCGACGACACCAUUGUGGGUAGUAAAUACAAGGCUGAAAAUGAGAGGAGUCGAACAGGCUCAUGAACGAAAUAACAACGAGUAUAAUACAUUGUUCGAUGGGCUUACGCAUAUAUGGAAAUACGAAGGUCCAGGAAAGCUUUGGUCAGGAACUUUACCCAGUUUGAUGUUAGUUACAAAUCCUGCCAUCCAAUUUAUGACUUACGAAACUAUUAAAAGAAAAGUUACCACGUCUUUACGUAAUUCGCAACCGCCUGCGUGGAUGUUCUUCGCCAUAGGUGCAGCAGCUAAAGCGAUAGCCACUGCGAUCACGUAUCCCUUACAGUUAGUUCAAACGAAAUUAAGACAUGGUCACAAAUAUCCAAAUCUACCCCCAGAUGCUGGUACUUUGGAAAUUCUUUUUUACAUACUGAAAAAACAAGGGAUAGGAGCAUUGUACAAGGGAAUGGAGGCCAAAUUGCUACAAACUAUUUUAACAGCGGCAUUGAUGUUUCUGACGUACGAGAAAAUCUCAAGAUUUGUUUUUCGUAUUUUGUUACGGAGACCAGUACUAAGAUAGAGAAACCUCUUACAGACUCAGCAGUAUUAUUUGACAAAGUUUUAUUUAUCGCGAUAAUACAUAGAUAUGUCUAAUUUAUAUCGCGAUGGAACAUUGUAUUUAAUGUAAUAUACCUUGCAGAUCCGAAUAAAUGAAAACGAAAUAAUUAUAUCGUUAAACUCAAAGAA